GAUCGUGAAAGUUCGGUCUGUCAACAUGGACUUGACCCAAUGGAGGACAAUACUAGUCACAUUCUGUUUGUCCCCCGUCUUCAUUCCGUUCAGUACAACUGUCACACCUGUUAGAGAAAACAACACAUGCAGACUUAUCCCUGAUAGUCACGUAAAUGCUGCAUUAAUUAUUUGGAAAUAUCUCCGGGUAAACGACACACUUCGAAAGAGUGACAUCAUACUUGGUCUUGGAAGCCACGAUAAAAGGGUUGCCAAGGAAGCUUCCCGUCUUUGGUUAGCCGGAUAUGGGGAUAUACUAAUGUUUUCUGGGAAAUCCGGAAAUUUGACUCGAGGAAAAUGGGGUAAAAGCGAAGCUGAAAUAUUUCGUGAUGUUGCCCUUUUGAUGGGAGUGCCAGAACCUUACACUCUGAUGGAGCAAAAUUCCCGAAAUACUGGUGAAAAUCUCAAAUACUGUUACGAACUGCUUAAACGAAAGAACAUGCUUCCCAAAACGUUUAUCAUUGUUCAGAAACCGCACAUGGGACUACGGACAGUAGCAACAUUUGAAAAGCAAUGGCCAGGUGAUCAGGCGGAAGUGACAUUGAUGGUGACGUCACCGAAUAUUUCCUUACUAGACUACCCGGAUGACGACGUAGGUGAUUUACAAGAUGUUAUAUCUGUUAUGAUUGGCUAUCUACAACGCAUCAAAGUGUAUGGAGAAAAGGGCUUCCAGAGUUAUCAAGACAUACCAAAAAUUGUAUGGGACGCUUUCAUCAGUCUCAAGUCAUCGGGGAUUUACUCCUCGCACCUAAUUCAAAAUGAAUGUGAAGGUUACAAACAGUCUGAUGUUUGUCUAUAAUAUUCAAAUAAAACGGAUAAAUUGUCUG